CUCACACACACUCACACACACACUGUGCCGUAGAAGAUGCAGUUCAUGCUGCUGUUCAGCCGGCAGGGGAAGCUGAGGCUGCAGAAGUGGUACGUUCCUCUGUGUGAGAAGGAGAAGAAGAAGAUCACCCGCGAGCUGGUGCAGACGGUGCUGGCCCGGAAACCCAAGAUGUGCAGCUUCCUGGAGUGGAGGGACCUGAAGGUUGUCUACAAGAGGUAUGCCAGUCUGUACUUCUGCUGUGCAAUCGAGCCUCAGGACAACGAGCUCAUCACGCUGGAGAUCAUCCACAGAUACGUGGAGCUGCUGGACAAAUACUUCGGCAGUGUUUGUGAGCUGGACAUUAUUUUUAACUUCGAGAAGGCUUACUUCAUCCUGGACGAGUUCCUGCUGGGCGGGGAAGCUCAGGAGACGUCCAAGAAGAACGUCCUGAAGGCCAUCGAGCAGGCAGACCUGCUGCAGGAGAACAUAGACUUUCAGAUGCGCCUGUUUGCAGGUGUGAUGGUCCCAAAUCUGGUCUCUGAGUCCUCUGGGCUUUUCCAGAACUAGGCCUGCGGAGGUGAAUACUGUGUGUUUGUGACGUAGGCCUGUAGUCAGACUAGUCAACUGUGAAUGGACAGCCCAUAAUAUAUGUUGUGUUGGAGACAGCGUGUGUAUCAGUGUGUGUUUGGAUCCCCUGUGUAACAUUUAUUAAGCUCCUACUCAACCAGAUGUUCUUAUCUUUCCUGUUCGUAUAGAUCUGCCAUUCGGAGAGGAGACACUUCAAUAAGCAGUGAAACAAAAAAGUGGGGGGUGGAUAUAACCAUGUCAUGUUGUACCAGGUGGAUGUAACCACGUCAUGUUGUACCAGGUGGAUGUAACCACGUCAUGUUGUACCAGGUGGAUGUUACCAGGUGGAGGUAACCACGUCAUGUUGUACCAGGUGGAUGUAACCACGUCAUGUUGUACCAUGUGGAUGUUACCAGGUGGAUGUAACCACGUCAUGUUGUACCAGGUGGAUGUAACCAUGUCAUGUUGUACCAGAUGGAUGUAACCACGUCAUGUUGUACCAUGUGGAUGUAACCACGUCAUGUUGUACCAGGUGGAUGUAACCACGUCAUGUUGUACAAGGUGGAUGUAACCACGUCAUGUUGUACCAGGUGGAUGUAACCACGUCAUGUUGCACCAGGUGGAUGUUACUAGGUGGAUGUAACCACGUCAUGUUGUACCAGGUGGAUGUAACCACGUCAUGUUGCACCAGGUGGAUGUAACCACGUCAUGUUGUACCAUGUGGAUGUUAACAGGUGGAUGUAACCACGUCAUGUUGCACCAGGUGGAUGUAACCACGUCAUGUUGUACCAUGUGGAUGUUAACAGGUGGAUGUAAGCACGUCAUGUUGCACCAGGUGGAUGUAACCACGUCAUGUUGUACCAGGUGGAUGUAACCACGUCAUGUUGCACCAGGUGGAUGUAACCACGUCAUGUUGUACCAUGUGGAUGUUACCAGGUGGAUGUAACCAGGUCAUGUUGUACCAGGUGGAUGUAACCACGUCAUGUUGUACCAGGUGGAUGUAACUACGUCAUGUUGCACCAGGUGGAUGUAACCACGUCAUGUUUACCAGGUGGAUGUAACCACGUCAUGUUGCACCAGGUGGAUGUAACCAGGUCAUGUUGCACCAGGUGGAUGUAACCAUGUCAUGUUGUACCAUGUGGAUGUUACCAGGUGGAUGUAACCAGGUCAUGUUGUACCAGGUGGAUGUAACCACGUCAUGUUGUACCAGGUGGAUGUAACUACGUCAUGUUGCACCAGGUGGAUGUAAGCACGUCAUGUUGCACCAGGUGGAUGUAACCACGUCAUGUUGUACCAUGUGGAUGUUAACAGGUGGAUGUAAGCACGUCAUGUUGCACCAGGUGGAUGUAACCACGUCAUGUUGUACCAGGUGGAUGUAACCACGUCAUGUUGUACUAGGUGGAUGUAACCACGUCAUGUUGCACCAGGUGGAUGUUACCA